CGUAUCGCGAGAUAAGUCCGUGAUGAUGAUGAAUUCUUGUAUUCUUAUCUCGGUGGGACGUAAACUAUAAGAGCUCAAUGUUUGGCACCCAACAGCUUCACACAUCAUCUAGGCCUCUUUGUUGUGUUCAAGGUUUCUCUUUUUUGUACCUUAGCUCAAGCACUUACACAGGAUACUACAUACCGUAUGGCUGGGUAAGACUUCAUGAUGAGUAGCGACAACAUUAACAGCAAAUAUGGCAAGACCGCCAACGAUGUCGUCGGCACAGCAGCAGAGCCCUCCGACAUGGAACACUCAAUCUCUAACGUCGAGGGGACUUCCACAGAGACUACGAGGGAACGACAACAACUCAAGCGGGAGUUCAAAGAACGUCACGUCUCCAUGAUCGCCGUCGCCGGCGCUAUCGGGACCGGACUUAUCAUCGGCUCGGGUACAGGCCUCGUCAGGGGCGGGCCCGCGAGCCUGCUAAUCGCGUACACCCUCAUUGGCGCAGUCGUUUUCUUCAUCAUGACGGCUGUGGGAGAGAUGGCGACGAUGCUUCCUUCGGACAAGGGGUUUGCUGGAUACGCUACACGCUUUGUUGAUCCGGCGUUGGGGUAUGCCACAGGAUGGAACUAUUUCUUGAAAUACGCCAUCGUUCUCCCCAACAACCUUACGGCAGCCGGCAUCAUCAUACAAUAUUGGAGACCAGACCUCAACGUUGCCAUCUUUGUAAUAACCUUCACCAUCGCCAUCAUAGCUCUCAAUAUCCUACACGUCUCCUUUUUCGGUGAAGCAGAAUUCUGGAUGUCGGCCGUAAAGCUCCUCGUAAUCAUAACCCUCAUCCUAACCUGCUUCACAAUCUCCAUGGGCGGCCAACCAUCCCACGAAACAAUCGGCUUCAAAUACUGGCAUGAUCCAGGAGCAUUCGGCUCCUACCUCGUUGACGGACCAAUUGGCCGCUUCCUCGGCUUCUGGGCCGCGACAGUCCAGGCCUGCUUCGCCUACACCGGCACGGAGGUCGUUGGCGUCGCCUUUGGCGAGGCGCCCAACCCGCGCCGGACGAUCCGCAAGGCCGUCCGCCAGACGCUGUGGCGCAUAGUCUUCUUUUACGUGUUGGGGGCACUGGUGCUGGGGAUGUCGGUGCCGUAUACCAACGAAAUGCUCAUUGGCGGCACGAAGAAGAGCACCGGGGCCGCGGCGAGUCCGUUUGUUGUUGCGGUGCAGAUUGCGAAUAUCCCCGUGUUUCCGCACGUCGUCAACGGGUGUUUGCUUAUCUUCGUCAUCAGUGCAGCGAAUUCGGAUAUUUACAUUGGGUCCCGCACGCUGUUUGGCCUGGCUCGUGAUGGUCAAGCGCCGGGGAUAUUCAUGAGGACGUCUGGAAAGGGUGUUCCGUUGUACGGGGUCGCGGCUACGAGUAUCUUUGCUGCUCUGGCCUAUAUGAACGCCGCUAAGAGCUCCUCUCAAGUGUUUGGGUAUCUUGUUAGCCUGGUCACGGUAUUUGGAACUCUCAACUGGGUGAGUGUCCUGACCAGCUACAUCUGCUUCACUAGAGGCAUGAAAGCUCAGGGCAUCCCGAGGAGUUUGAUGCCGUAUCGUGGGCCCUUGCAGCCUUAUGGCUCUUACUUUGCUUUGUUUGUGACCAUACUGGUUGUCACCUUCAAUGGUUAUAAUGCCUUCAUCCCAAAGUUCACAGUUUCUACGUUCAUGACUUCGUACAUUGGCGUUGCCAUCUAUCUGAUCAACAUUUUCAGCUACAAAGCGUACGCCAAGACACAGCGGGUGGAGCUUCACUCGAUGGAUCUAGUAACAAACAGACUUGAGGAUGAUGGGAGCAAGUAUCCCAGUACACUAGAGAAGGCCGCUUCCUGGGCAGCAGAACGGUUCAGGCGAUAA